GUUGAAAUUUGCCUUUCGUGUUUACGUCUAUAACCAGCCGAUCUUAGGUGCAUUGAAAAGCCAUCCCAUUCCAAUUUGAAAAUCAAAGUUUAUCCAUGCUGAUAACAAAGAUUUUUUUGGUUCUUUUGACUGUGGAAUCAUCGGUCACGGGCUUGGGCACCGACGAGGAAAUAAAACGGAUGUACCGUGCAUUUCUGGAAGACGAGAAUCUUUCAGAUGCAGCAGUAGAAGAAUGCGACGUAAAAUAUGAAAAAGUCGGAUGCUUUUCUGACAAUCCUAAGAACAGGGCGCUUCCAAAACUGAUCCUCAGUGAUCGAGACAAAAUAAACUGGCAACCUGGAGAAUGGGAGAAAUAUUUAAAGAGGCUUGCUUGCCGCUGUGCGGAAGCAUCAAGCGGCGAAGGAUACAAUGUGUUUGGUCUUCAGUUUUACGGUGAAUGUUGGAGUGGUUCAAACAGGCCUCCUCUUGGGUCUGAUAGCUAUAGAGAAUCCAAAAAGUGUAUUAGUUUUCAAUACGAGAAAUGCCAAAACAACGACCCCAAUGAAUGCGUCGGAGAAGCUAUGACUAAUUACGUGUACCGCAUUAUGGAAGGAGGAAGCGGAGGCCUGAGAUCACCUAGUAUGAAGCUGACUUUAACAAGUCCCUAUCUGAUUUUAUUACCAUUGAUUUGUGUACAUGGAUUUAUCAUGGAAGAUUCAGACCAAGAUGUUCCUGUGGGAGGGCUGAAACCUGGCUGUGAAGUGAAAUUUGAGAAAGUUGGAUGCUUUAAAGACAAAGUUGACAUACGGGCUCUUCCUGAAUUAAUCUUCCACCAAAGAUACAGUAUCAGUUGGGAUCUUGGUAAAUGGGGAGAUUAUUUAAAACAGCUGGCUUGCAAAUGUGCCAAAGGAACGGAAGACAGAGGUUACAGUCAUUUCGGUCUUCAGUUCUAUGCUGAAUGCUGGACGGGUCUCAAGGCUGCUGCAAGGUUUGAUAUCUACGGCAAGUCAAAGCACUGUAAGGAUGGUCGCUUCUUAAAAUGUGAUGACGGAGAUAAAGGAGAGUGCGUCGGUGGAGGUCACGCCAACUACAUUUACCGUAUUAUACCUACAGUGUUGAUAUGUCCUGCGCCUCGAGCAACUUUUACGCUUCUCUCGUGCACUCCAAACUUCCCGCAUCCUCGACUCGAUAGACGCGUGCUGAGCAUGGACGAAUUUUCUAUUAAUGCAAAUUUUGACCUUUCAAACGCCAUCGACAAUACGGACACAAUUUUUAUUAUGAAAUUAAUGUCGGAUAUGAAUUCAAAUCAGUAUAUUUCCAUGUUUCAUAAUUCCGGAGUGUACUUAAGCUCUCUUUUUCUGUCACUUUCUGUUAGGAACUUCGUUUCAGGGCUUGAUGAGAUGAUGAGGCUGUUUUUCCUUGCAUUCCUUGUUUUCAGAAUGUCAUUCUCUUCAGUGCAUGGUCAGCAUGUCACAUGCGAGCGAUCCUUCUACAAGUUAGGAUGCUUCCAGGACAGGACAUGGUCCAGAUCCAUGUCUAAACUGCUUAUCAAUGACCGCGGCAGGUCAUCCCAAAGUCAACAGAUCGACUGGAAGAACUGGGAAGCUUACAUGCAUGGCCUAGCCUGCCGUUGUGCCCAGACUGCCUCUCAGCAUGGAUACACUAUGUUUGGUCUUCAGCAUUAUGGAGAAUGUUGGUCGGGUCCAGGGUCAUGUGACCAGUAUUCUCUUCAUGGAGAAUCCCAAUUGUGCAUCGGUAAGAACUUCACGAUGUGUAAUAUCAAUGAUGAAGGCGAGUGUGUUGGGAAGGCCAACGCCAACUUCGUGUACCUCUUGCUAGAAGAACCAGAGAAGGAAGUGGGCAUCUAAUAAAUGAAGAAACUUCUUCACAGCGCUUUAAAGUAUCGUAGACGUUAAAGUUUUCUCAAAGCUGUAAUCGAAGCAUUCUAAUUAAAAACAAGUUGCACC